CGCCCGCUCCGGGCGCUGCCGGCCGAGCCGAGCCGAGCGGAGCGGAGCCGUGCGAGCUGUCCGGCCGCCGAGCCGCCUCUCCCAUGCGCCUGCCGGGCAUGUCCCAGCCCUUCCUGCUGGCGCCCAUCGCCGAGUGCCCCCCGGGGCCGCCCGGCGCCCAGGUCCGCCUGGCCGUGCUGGGUGCCCGCGGCGUCGGCAAGAGCGCCAUGAUCGUGCGGUUCCUGACCAAGCGCUUCAUCGGUGACUACGAGCCCAACACAGGAAACCUCUACUCCCGGCUGGUCCAUCUCGACGGGGACCACGUUGCCGUAGAGAUCCAAGACACGCCGGGAUGCAUUCAGGUGCAGGAGGACUGCGUGCAGGUGCUGGACUCCCUGUCCCGGUGCGUGAAGUGGGCAGAGGGCUUCCUGCUGGUCUACUCCAUCACCGACUACAGCAGCUACCAGUCGGUCCAGCCCCUGUACCAGCACAUACGCAAGGUGCACCCCGAUGCCAGGACUCCCGUCAUUAUCGUGGGGAACAAAGCUGACCUCCUCCACGCCAGGCAAGUACAGGCAAAAGAGGGACUACAGCUGGCAGAUGAACUGGGCAGCCUGUUCUUGGAAAUCUCCACCAGCGAGGACUCCCAAGGUGUCUGUGAUGUCUUCCAGUAUCUUUGCAAGGAGGUCAGCAAACUACAGCAUGCUGGCAGCACAGACAGGAGGCGGUCAUCCAUCAUCCCUCGGCCCAAAUCUCCCAACAUGCAAGAUCUAAAGAGACGUUUCAAACAGGCUUUGUCUUCCAAAGUCAAGUAAACCUCCCAGUGACAUCCUCUGGGACUCAAUAGAAUUUAUUUUUGUAAACUAGUUAAUAAAAAUCUUUAUUUUUGUACUAA